AUGAGCAUUGCAGUGCCGACCACACUAAGCGUGGCAGAGACCACGAAGAAUGCGGGGUUUACCGAUGCAGAUGGGAAUAAGGUGGCGGUUGUUGCAGAUAGGGAAUCCGUGCUCUCGACCAUGCCCUCGAACUCCUCUACAACCCUUCCUUCCGACCCUGAAGUCCCAACGAAGCGCUUAGCCCUCUCCGCCCUCACUGACCUCUUCACCCUCCUCCCUCAGUGCCUCGCCACUCCCCAAGAUGCAGACAUCCGCCAGCGCCUUUUCCUCGGCAGCUACGCGGCCCUCUUUCCCUUCCAGUUCUCUGGCGCUCUGGGCAUUAGCCAUGCGAUUGGCCAUGCUAUUGGGUCGACCUACGGCAUUCCACAUGGGAUCACGUCGUGUAUUAGUUUGGGGAAGGUGAUCAGGUUUAUGGCGGAAAAGGCGAGGGAGGGGGCGGGUGGUGAGGGGCGGGGAAUUGGGGAAGCGGGGGAGGCAGCACAGAUUGCGAGGGCGGUUGCCUAUAUUCCUGGGUUGAGAGGGACUGGAGAUGUAGCGAGGGAUGCGCUUUUGGUGGCGGAGGCAGUGGAGGGGUUGGUUUUGAAGCUGGGAUUGGUGACUGGGUUGGUUGACGUAUAG